AUGCAACUGCAACGAAUUUCAGUAUAUUUUAACCCGAUCAUAGGAUCAGCACUUUUGGUCGGGAAACGUGCAACGGCAUGGUCGACGCAACGAACGCGUUGUGCAAAGCGAAACAGUCCCGCUAAAAAUUCGGGAUCUACGGGCUUCGUUCCAUGUGCUGUCGAUGGACCUACAAUGGGUAAAAGUGCCGUAAUUCUAAGCGAUAAAAUCGUACUCGAUGCCUUAGUCACGAUGAAAAAAGUUGCCGUGAAAGAAGAGAACAGUUCGGAAACAACGCGAAGAACGGACUUAUGGCGUUCGAAUAAUACUUGUGUGAUAUGUCAAGAUCACUGCCCUACUCGAGAAGAUAAAGACAAACAUGAGAAUCAGACAAAACACAAAAGGAAGUUUCUGAUUUAUGAAUUCUUUGCCAAGGAGAUACCAAAUUUUCAACCGUUUAGCGGUCCUUCCGCACUUGUGAAGCGAUACACCGGUUGCGGUGAACAGGUCGUCGGUUUGGAAUGUCUUCAUGAACUUCAUUUCUCCUUCAGUUCCAUACCAUGGUGGGCUUGUUCCAUAUGUUAUGAAUCAGGAGCCUUAUUGGAACAGGCAGAUAAGCAUCUGACAUCUAUGAAUCACAUUACUACAUAUUUGGAUGAAUUUCAUUCUUCGAAAACGGCUGCAUUACAAAUGGAUGGAGAUCGUAUGAAAGUGUUUGAGGAAAUUAGACGGCUUUGCGAUGAAAUCGUUGCAGAACAAGGUGGAGAGCUCCUUCCUCCCGAAUGCAUGAUCAUGGAUGCGAAGGUAACUGAGAAAGAAGCUAUGAUGAAACUUGCUCUAGAUGUUGAGCGAUUGAAACCGUCGUAUAGAAUACAUACGGAUUGCACUGAUGAAGCUCAUCCUCGGAAAAUCCUCCAGUGUCUGAUUUGCCGACAAUUAAUUGCUGUUAAUGAUGAGCUUCUGAAACGAAUUUGGGGCAUUCACGAGCUUUCUCCAACUCAUCGUCACGCAGUUGCAAUCAAUCAAUUUCUAGAGCAGUUUGACGUUGAGUACAUACUGGACGGUGACGUUCCUGCUCCAGAAGGGCCGCUGAAAUGGAAAACAGAAAAUGAAUGCAACUACGGACCACUUUGUGGCGUGAAGUUUCUUGUGACAUUCAGAAAACGCAAGUUCUGUCAAUUGUGUUGCUGUGAAUUGGAUUCAGUAGAGCAACAUUUCUCCAGUGAAAGUCACAUCAUGCAGUUUUUGACAAUAUCUAGUCCAGUGGAGAUGUUCCGCGUUUCACAAUUUGCUUGCCAAUCUCGAAUGAAGAAAGUGCUAGAAAUAAUUUCCAACCCGAAAUUCCAAUUUGAGAAUGAGCAAAGUCGAAAGGUUCAUGCUGAUUGGUUCCCGAAAAAUAUAGAGGUAGUUUUGAAACCGGAAUCACAUCAUUUCCCUACCUUGAUGCCUCCUUUAGUCCCUCUUGGGAUUGAUUCUAGUUGUUUGUUUUGCACCGUUUGCUGGCUUGCAGUGAGUGUUGAUAAGGGUGUCCAAGACGAAGGGGAAGCUGCAUGGAACUCUCACUGCGCGAAACCGUCUCAUUUUGAGUUCGCUAUUCGGAGAGCCUGCUUUGGAUUCGACGAUGCCUUUUUUGUGCCAAUGUCGUCGAAUGUUCCGAAAGCCCAAUGGAAUUUGCAUGGGAAAUGGACGGAAAUGAAGGAAAACAACAAAGAGACUUGGAUCCAAACACAGAGUGAUGUUGGUUUGGAAUUCGUUGUUGAUGAUCAAGAAAACCAAGAGGUCGUGUGCACCCUGUGUGCGCAAUGGUUUCCUCGCGGUAUGGACCAACAGAUCAAUAAUCAUAUUCGAUCCUAUCAGCAUCUUAAUCACUAUUUGCAUGUUACUAAUCGUAACUUACUGUCGAUGGUGAUGGUACAGAAAACAGAGAAAGCUAGCAGGGAGUUGGUGUUGGAAUGGCUGAAACGUUCCGUUCAUAACGAUAUGGAUGAGAUGCGAGUGUACUCACCAGAAAUGGCGAUGCGAAUGAGGCAGUGGGGAAGUAUCCCCAUACGAAAGGUCGAUGUUAUUAGCUACGAUCCUACGCAUCGUCCUGUGAUUGAAUGUGUGAUGGGUUUGGUAGAUAAACUAGCGGAUGAUGGCGCUGAGAAUAUAGAAAUGCCAAUAAAAGAAGCUCUGAGCGCAGCGGGAAUAAAGAUCCAUGCAAUUAAACAACGGAAUGGAAAUAUCGAGAGGAUUCUUUGUCGGUGCACGCAGUGCGAGAUGGCAUUCUCGACCCCGAUAGAGAGUAUUAUUAAAAGCGUCUGGGACUGCCAUUUAGCCUCUGAACAGCACUUUGGAAGAUUCAGAGCUUUCAUGGCCGCAAAACUUGACAUGCUUGGAUUCUCAGAGGCUACUUCAUCAUAUACAGUUAAAGCAUUUAGUCAGGAAGACCCAUCAAGGAAGGUAACAUGGCAGUGGAACUCGAAGGAGAAAGCUCACGAGUUCGUGCUGAAUGUAAUUGGCAUGGAAGACCUUGUAGAACGUCGCAGCAACGAAACUGACGGACCUCAUCCACCAGACUUUUUCUGUCGACUUUGCGCUGUCGUGAUUCCUCGCAGAUCUGCUGCCCUCGAAGCACAUGUUCGUUCCGCGAAACAUAUUCUAUGUUACGUGCACAAAUAUCACCCGCUUACUAUCAUGGAACUGGACUUGCUGCCGAAGGAAGGGGGAAAGGAAAUGAGAAAGUUACUAGCACAGCUGCUGAAGGACUGCCGGUUGAAGGAACAGUAUUGCAUUCCUGUCUAUGACCCCAUAGGUGAACAAGAACGGAAAGGCAUAGUUGCUAUGCAGAAAGCAAAAGAUCAGGAGCGGCAACGCCAGUUGGCAGAGGCGCGAAAAAAAGCGAAAGAAGAGCGGAAGAAGAAGGACGAAGAGCGCAGAAAGCAACGCGAGCUUGAAGCAGAAAAGGAAAAACUCCGAGCUGCUGAACGUGCCCGCAAAGAAAAAGAAGCCAGAGAACGUGCCCAGCAAUUGGCACAAGAGAAGGCUCAUGUGAAAAGGUUGUUAGAAGAGGCAGCGCGGAAAGCUGCAGAGGAGAAAAAAGGCAAGGAGGCCAAAGAAAAAGCUCAGGAAGAAGCUGACCGUAAGAAACGACAAGAGGAAUUGCGUUCGCUUUUGGAUCGCGAGAAAGCUCGCCUAAAAUCUCUUAAAGAAAAAGAAGCGACACAACGUCGUCUAUUUGUGGAGAAACAGGAAUUAGAGAAAAAAAUGAGAGUACUACAAGAACGUGCCGCUAUGCAGAAUCAGCCUUCUCCACUCGUGCAGAAUCAAGUUCCUCCAAGAAAUGGGCCUAGCUCAUAUCCUAAUAUUCCGGAGCCACAGUUGGUGACUCCACAUACGAGAACUCCUCUUAUUGGAUUGGUUAAUGUGUCGCCAGAACCGUACCGUCAUUCAUUACUAGGACCUGGUCCAGCGUUGAUCCAAGGUGAACCACAUCACUCCUUGCCGCCUCCAACAAGGCCCUACAACGGAUCUCCUUUCCUUCGUGAGACUAUGGAAGCUGUUGGACCCAAACCUCUGUUUCCUCAAUUCGUGCCUGUUGCUGAUCAAGUACCAAUUUAUAAAGGAUUAGAAGACGCAGAAAGAGCAUCUCGUCUCAAACCGAAGUCGCCAACUCCAGAAAAACCCGAAGUACGUAUGCGUCCGUCACUCCGCGACAGAAAGAUUGAUCCAUACUUAUCGAGUGCGAAGAUUAUCCAGACUAGAGAACAGCUUGUCGAUUUUAUCUGGAGACAGGGAGCAGAGCGCAUACCAGCCAAUGAAUUGCCAGUACUGUUUAAUGAAAAAGCGGCAGAAAUUGAAGGUGCUCUUGGAGUGGACUGCUUGUAUGAGGUAGUUUGUGCGGACUGUUCCGAUUUGGAUACACUAUAUUGUUCCAUGUGUGGAGUCUGGACAACUCCAAACGAAAUGUUCAAACAUCUGGAGACGGUAGAACACAAACUGGCAUAUUUGUUCCGCAACUAUAAGAUGUACCAUCAAACGGUUGUAUCGGAGACGAAUGCUCUCGUACGAGAGGCCAUGCUUUCACAAUUUGCUAUUCAGAUUUGGAAGAUGGAGAAGCCUCCCGGGCAAGUAUCAAAUCGUCUCCGUUCUUUGCUCGAUCGUUCAACAAUUGAACGCAUUUGGCCGGAACAUGUGGAUGUUCUGGAUCAUUCAUGGAAGGAAAGCGGCAAAUCGGUUGGACGAGUCGAAGUGCCACCACCCAUUUCGAAAGAAGCUUGGUGUUUUGCUACCGAUAAAGACAAAAACACCAAGGAUAAGAAAACCAAGGAAGAGAACAGAAUCAAUGAAGAGAAGAAAAUCAAGGAAGAGAAGAAAAUCAGGGAAGAGAAGAAAAUAAAGGAGGAAAAGAAAGAAGAGAAGGGUCCGAAGAUAAAGACAGAAAACAUCGAUAGCCGGUCCAAACGAAAAGACGAAAGUAAAGAGGAUAAAGAAAAGGAGAAAAGAGAGAGUGCAUCCAGUGUCAACUCGAAAAAACCUGGGAAGCCUUCGUCUUCAUCAAAGCCACACGAGAGCAGGAAGUUUUCGUCUCCCGACCGAAAACGGCGUCGAACCAAGAGUCCUGAAAAACGUAGUAGUCGUGAUGAUAAGCACUCAUAUGGCCGUAGUUCCAGUCCUUCAAGACGCGGUCGUAGCUCUAGCCGUUCUAGGCGUGACCGCAGUUCUAGCCGUUCAAAACGUGACCGACAUAGAGGCUCAUCCAAAGACCGUAGUAGGCGUACCCGAAGUCGUUCCCGAUCAGGUAGUCUCCAUCAUAGUAGACGCAAGCGCAGUAGAAGUAGAAGUCGAUCUCGCGGGCGCGGUUCCAGUCGCACUGGCAAAGCUAUGACAUGGGAAGAAACUGCGGCCGCAUUUUUAGCAAAACUUGGUGAUUCAAAGGCUGCUGCUGAGAUCUUCAGUUUUUCGAAUGAAAAAGAGAAGAAAGCUGCUCCGCCAAAAUCUCUCGUCAAUGACAAGAUUAAGCAGUUGAGAAAUUUAGCGAAGCCUGGGCAAGCUCCGCGUUCGGUUGAGAAUAUGGAGAAAGACAGAGGAAAACUACUGGAGUCUUCAGAUUCGGAUGAAAAAGUACAAAUGCGAAAGCUCUUAGGCGUUCUCAUAACUAUGCAGCAAGAAGCAGAGAGGAACAGCAACUUGGAUGAGUCAAUAAUCGACAGACUUUACAGGGAGGUAGGUUUGAAGAAGUCUGUGGAAGCAUCCAGUGACCAAUUACUUGCACAAAUCUGCUCACAAAUUUCGCAGGACGGCCAGUCCACCAGCAAACCCUCCAUUGAUUUGCAGUCCUAUGGGAUCAGCGCUCGUCCGGAACCCACAGUAAAGCAGCAAGCUUCUUCCAUUUUCGGGGGUGGGUUCCAAACCCAGCCGUUACCACCGUCUGGUCAACCUUCCAGUAUCCAGACACUGUUAUCUGAAGUAAAACGGUCUCUCGUGAACCUAAAACCUCCUCCUCGGCCACUCAUAAGAUCACCACCCUUUGUCAUCACUCAUCGGGAUGAUGUGUUCCCUGAAGGCGAAACCAUUUCGUAUGUGUUUCCAGGAGCAGACUCGAAGGAGAUCCAUCAAGCUUCAAGUUCGAGUGGACCAUCUGAGCAGCAGUUAUCUAAGAAGGAUAGGGCAGCAUUGCGUAGGCAACGAUUGUUGGAGGAAGCGGAAAGACUCAGAAGGGAAGCUGAACAGGAAGAUGAUGAAGACGAUGAUGACGAUUGGGAUUGCCUCGCAGAAGUGAUCAACGGGCCUGCUCACCCCAUAAAGGAAAGCGCUGGGGAACAGUUUUGUGCAAGAUCCCAGGAGAAACAAUCAGAGCAAAAACCCGUUGAACUCGACAAGUAUAAAAAACGGCGUUCUGAUGAUAAGGGAUGUAGUGGCGAUCAAAGGAUAACAGAAAGAGAGAAAUCCCGUGAUCGCGAUCGUGAUCGAAGAUACGACGAUAAAGCGAAAAGUCAUGAGCGAAGAUCCGACAGUAGAGGGAAGUCUCAUGAUCGGAGGUCUUACGAAAAAGAGAAAGAUUCGAAUAAAACUGGAGAUUCGAAGAAGUCGGGUAACAUGCGAGAUGAAGCAGGACUCGACCCCGUUACGGCGGGUCAAAAAAUAUCACAUCAGACGCCGCUUCUUCCCGAUGGAAAACCUUCCAGAAAGGAAAAACAGGGCGAGAAAGGCGAGAGAAAUUCUGCAAUGACUGCGGCUAAAGGAUCAGCACGACACUCAUCUCCCGAGAAGGAUAAAAGUGGUGUAAAGCUUAGUAAGAAAGAGAGAAAGGCGCUUGCUAGAGAGCGAGCUCUUGGGCGAUCAAUGGGGAAGCCAAAUACUUGGCCGCAGCCGGUACCACAACCAUUAUUGGGGCUAUCCCUCGACCCCCCACCAAAGCUAGAACAGCAAUUACCACCACAACAAGAGCAGCUUUACCAGCAGCAACCUCCAAACCAUUAUCACAUGAGUAACGAACCUGUUUACCCCCCUGUUUAUGCUAAUCAGUAUUCUACUAUGUGCAUGAAUCAACCACCGCAACAAUUUCAAAAUCCACAGUAUUACCAGCGGCAGCAGUUCAUUGGUCAACCAUACUAUGGUGAACCACAAAUGCAACAACAAUUUUACGGUCAGCCGCCAUUUUAUUGA